AUGAACAAAUGCAUAUGGGGUAUGGACAAGAAAGAAGAAUUUGAUGCGAAAUGGGAGGAAAUCAUCACAAACAAUGGGCUGCAAGACCAUGCAUGGCUGAGCUCAAUUCAUGCUAUGCGGGAGAAUUGGGUUCCAUCAUAUGUAAAACAUGUGUUUUCGGCUAGGAUGUCAAGUAGUCAACGGGCCGAAAGCUGUCAUUCAUUUUUCAAACAAUAUAUUAACCGGAAAAACACAUUGAUGGAAUUCAUUGUACAUUUUGAGAGAGCUCUUGCUUCACAAAGACACAAGGAGUUAAUGGCUGAUCAUGUUGAUAACAAUGAAAAACCUCCAAUGCCAUUUCAAACACCAAUGCAACAUCAAAUGGGACGCAUUUACACUAUGGAAAUUCUGGAAAUGUUUGAGAGGGAAGACUUUAGAAGUCUUUUAUGCUUGUUCGAACUUGUAGACGAAGAUGAGACGCAUUGCAGAUACAAAGUGAGUGAGAGGGUAAAUCCGGGGGUGACACGGAUGAAGGAGCUUGUGCAUGAUAAAGAUGCCGAUAAAGCUUAUUACAGCUGCAAAGGAUUUGAAUUUUGGGGUAUUCUGUGCUGA